GCAAUCGCACCACUCGAACCACGACGGGUCUCGUGGCAGACGUUGACUUGGCCGCGUGAUAUUUGCACUCCUCUACAAGUUUAUAUCAGUUGCGAGCAUCCCUCGGUGCCCUCCCAGCUCCGUCCAGUGCCACAGCCUCCUGUAUUCGCCGCGACCUGUGCUCCCAGGGACGAUCCCGGCACGGCCGAAACGCAGGCACCUCAGCUCUUCUUUCACAGGCACCUCCCACGCCCUCUUCCGUCCUGCUUUUUGCCCAACCCGACCACCACUUACGAAACCACCGAUAGCUCAUUCGCUCGAAUCCAACACAUCGAGAAAAUUACAAACUCGCAUAGAAGACGCCGUCGAUUGUUUUUUUCCGUGCCAGGUCGAGCGACACGGAAGCGCGCGAACCGCUGUUGUUGCUGUGGCAGCUUCUAAGCUCUUGCUCCGCAUGACGUCGUCGUUAGCAGCAAUUCCAGAUCGGGGCCACCCCGCAGGCGACAGCCAACGCCAACAGCCAUCAACACCCACGAAUCAAUCGACCAAGGGCAAAGAACAGGCGAAAUCAUCAAGGACAGGCAACCCAUCAUCUGGUGGAAAUGACCGUCAGCCAGUAUUCGACACGGACAGUCUGAACGAGCAGUCGCCGCUGCUCUCUCCCUCCUCCGGCUCGGGUGAAGACGAUGGCUUCAUCCGCCCCCAAGCGCUCGAUAACGGCGAGGAUGAGCACCAGGCGACUAAGAGUGUCUGGUAUCUCAUCCUCUUGACUAUUAGUAUUGGUGGCCUGCAGAUCGCAUGGUCGGUUGAGAUGUCCAAUGGCUCUCCUUACCUGCUCUCGCUCGGUCUGAGCAAGUCGUUGAUGGCGCUGGUCUGGAUUGCCGGGCCGUUGUCGGGGACAUUGGUGCAACCAUAUGUUGGCAUGCUGAGCGACAAUUGUCGUCUGAGCUGGGGCAAGCGCAAGCCAUUCAUGCUCGGAGGGGCUGCUGCCACCAUCAUAUCGUUGAUGUUCCUUGCCUGGACCAAAGACAUCGUUGGGGGCUUCUUUGGCGUAUUCGGAGCAGACCCAGAGUCGGCAUUUGUGAAGAACUCCAUUAUCGUUAUUGCAGUUUUGUGGGUGUAUAUUUUGGACUUUGCAAUCAAUACAGUGCAAGCCGCGAUUCGAGCGUUUAUUGUCGACUGCGCACCCUCUCAUCAGCAAGAGGUUGCGAAUGCCAUGGCAAGCAGGUUUGUCGGUAUUGGAAACAUUGCAGGCUACCUCGCUGGCUAUACCGAUCUGCCCAGUGUGCUCUGGUUUUUGGGUGAUACCCAAUUCAAGGACCUUUGCGCCAUCGCGAGUAUUGCGCUGGGAGUGACGGUUGUCGCUACCUGCAUUUUUAUCCGCGAACGAGAUCCCCGACUCGAGGGGCCACCCACCAAGGACAAGCCUGGCGUCCUCGCCUUCUUCAACAAGAUCUUCACCUCCAUUCAACGGCUACCGCCCCAGACCAGAAAAGUCUGCGAAGUCCAAUUCUGCGCAUGGAUUGGCUUCUUCCCUAUGCUCUUCUACACUUCGUCGUACAUUGGCGAGAUUUAUGCCGAACCAUAUCUCGAGGCCAACCCGAACAUGACCCCUGAGGAACUCGACAGGCUCUAUGAAGACGCCACUCGGGAGGGAACCUUUGCGUUGCUCAUCUUUGCGAUCACUAGUCUGGCAACGAAUGUGUUCCUCCCCUUCUUCAUUGCGCCAACAUACACAACUCAACCUGGCAGUGCUGUUGUCUCCCCUGACGAGGGCGGCCCCAGCUCGCUCAAGGAUUAUGACGAGGAAAAGUCCUGGUUGGACUACCUCGUCAUCCCUGGAUUCACGCUUCGCCGCGCCUGGAUGCUUGCCCAGAUUCUCUUCACCUGCAGCAUGCUUUGCACUGUUUUCGUGCGGACCGUCACAGCCGCCACAGUACUCAUUGGCCUCGUCGGUAUCACCUGGGCUCUUACUCUCUGGGCACCAUGGGCUAUCAUCAGCGCCGAGAUUUCCCGCCGCGACGAAGAGCGUCGCCAACAACGAGCGCAGAGGAUGCUCUCACCCACCCGCGGAAUGGACGGCUACAACUCCGACGAGGCCCGCGAGCUCGAAUCAGGGGAAGACGCUGAAGCCGCCGACCAGGCCGGUGUCAUCUUGGGGAUCCACAACAUGGCCAUUGCUGCCCCUCAGAUCAUCGCCACCUUGCUCAGUAGUGUGAUCUUCCAAAUUUUCCAAAAGCCCCGCGGCGAGCCGGGAGACCACAGUAUCGCGAUUGUGCUGGCAUUGGGUGGCAUCACCGUGCUGAUCUCGGCCUUCUUCAUCCACCGCAUCAGGGAUGAUCCGGAUGUCCCCGCGGAUAUCAUGAGCGCUGUCGAAGACGGCGACGCCCCUUCGCGGCCGGGCACAGCGCGCAGUAGGACGCGGAGCCAUGAGCAGCUUCCCAGGGCGAGCUUGGAGAGGGCGACGCUGGUGAGGAAUAAGAGCUUUGGUGGGAUGGAGUAUUAGAUGCAAGCGAUACCGGUUAGAAUGUACGAGACAUGGACUGAGAGAAUCGUGUAUGUAUGAGUGUGUGAGAAGAGGUGGAGUUGUGAAGCCUUGUUAUGGUGAUGGUACACAAUAAUUGGAGAUUUUCUUUUUGAGAGGAAUGGGACUGGAAGGAAUAAACAUGUGUGUUUCUCUAUCGUUUAGCAUCAUAGUUCUAUCUCUCUCUCUCUCUGUCUCUGUCUCUCACUUUUGGCUUUUUAUGAUAUCAUGUUGGGGUUCUGCUCCAUAGCUGUUUGUUCUUGUUCAUUACAU